CAAAAAAACAAAAUAAACAAAAUUUGUGUUAUUAAACAAAACGCAGUUGCUGGCAAGGCAAAAGUUUCAAUUUAAAAUAGGUAUUUAAAUAAAUUAUUAAAUUAUAAAAUUAUAAUCAAACCAGCAAUGUAAUUUACAAAAUGUCUAAAACAGUAGAUCAGACUAAACAAAAACAGAUAUCCAGUAGAAAUCUUUCCAUUCUGACUGGAGUUUCCAAAUCGAAAGUCACUCCAAAGUCGAUAGUUUUGGAACAAAACGGGGAGAAAAAAAUUCUGAAGAAAAUAAAACUCAAAACUCCACUUAAAGUAUCACCAGACUUGCGGCAAGGUAAACAAUCAAAGCCACAAAACAAUGAAGCUUCUAAACGAACAUUGCACUGCACUUUCUGCAAAGCUACUUUUGAUGACCAGGAAGCGCUGAAAAAACAUUUUGUGAAACAUGGCAGUGAAUCUGCGAUGGAUAAAAACCCAGAUCUUGCUACAGCCGGUUCGAGUACGAGCGACCAGCGCAUUGAUCUGAUCGAAUGUGAAUGGUGUCCGGAAACGUUCACCCGACUGUCAAAAGCGAUCGAACACAAAUACCGCAAGCACAGCUACGAGAGCAAAAACUAUUUCUGCACUUUGUGCGGAAGACUGUUUCCGCUCAAAGUUGCCCUGGACCAGCAUCGGAACAUUGCCCACAAGGAUGAUAAAAAGAUGAAGGUACCCCGAUUGGAUUUCAUUUGCGGGUUCUGUGGAACUGCUUUCAUAUCUGAGUCAGCUUUAGAUCUCCACGUUAAAACCGCUCACAAUUUGGAAAAACGAAUGAUGGCUCAUCCUUUUAUCCCAAAUCCAUCAAAGAAAGUUCGGCUUAAUCAGGCUGGCGAGAUAAUUUCCAUAUACUAUUGCCAUCUAUGCGGUUCGGAAUAUAUGCUUAAAUUUAAUCUGCUGAAGCACAUCGAAGAUCACCAUUCCUACGAAGAACGAUGUGCCAUGCCGGAGGAUAUGCUAAAGUGUAGCACCUGUGAUUCGAUGUUCUACACGAAAAAAGCGUUCGACGCGCACAAUGUGCAUCACAAGCCCGAAGACCUGUACGUCACGAGUGAAGAGCAGAGGUUGAACAUUGUGGCGAGGGUGGAUCAGGACUUUGAUUUCCGAAGAGUUCCGACGGCUUUGGACAAAGCUUUGGGAUCGAUUGGCACUAGUUCAGAUUCCGCAGUCGUUCUGGCAAGAAAGCACGGAAACAAAGCUAAACGCGAUAGAACCGCCUCAUCCAGCACGGUAACGAGCGGGUCGAGACAGGACAUGGCACCAAUUCCCGAGGUGCAAGGUAUCGACGUUCUCAAAUUUUUACUGGAAGAAGCCGAAAAGUGAGUAUUUUUUUAAAAUAAUUUCAUAUUUCUGAUAUGCGUUAUAUGCAAUAACAAUAGGUAUAGGGCACUGCAUAGACGAGCUGUAUUUUUUGUCACUGCAAAGAAAUUAGGAAACAACAAGGCUUCCACGAUGAACAAAAACGAAAUAGAAUCGUUCGUGCAAUGCUCUAUUAGAACUAGUUUGCGAAUAAAAAUCAGAGAAAGUA